AUGUUUUUUACAUCGCUUCUUGCAAUACUAGGUUUGUUCAAUUCUUGGACAUGGGCACAACCUGCAGGAAAUUCACCUAUCUUGGUAUAUGUCGGAACAUACACUGGGGAAAGUAAAAACGCCAGCAAAGGUAUUUAUGCUUUUGCCUUUGAUCGUAAAGAUUCAUCGUUAAAACCAUUGGGACUUGUUGCAAUUACACAGAAUCCGACAUAUGUACUAAUGCAUCCAUCACGAAAGUAUAUUUUAUCUGUCAACGAACUAGAAAAGGGAAAAGUAAAUUCUUUCAAAAUCAAUUCAACAAAAACAGCUGAAUUGACCUUCAUCAAUCAACAAUCUUCUGGCGGAAAUUAUCCAAUUUAUCUUUCAUCGGAUGCAUUAGGUCGUUAUAUUUUUGUUGCCAAUUACAUGACUGGCACUGUAGCUAUAUUACCUUUUGAUACUAACCAUGGUCGUAUUCAAGAUGCAACUGGAAUUUACCAACAAGCAGGGUCCUCAAUUGAUCCUGAGAGUCAAACAUCAUCUCAUCCUCAUUGUAUUUUGCUAGAUAAGAAAGAAGAAUAUGCCAUUAGUGCUGAUUUAGGGUCAGACGAAUUAUAUGUGUAUCGAUUCAUACCUACUGAUGGAAAACUACAAAAGCAAUACAUUUCAAAAUCAAUACAACCUGGCGACGGUCCUAGACAUUUAAUAUUCAGUAAUAAUCAAAAGUAUGUGUACGUAAUAAAUGAAUUGUCAUCAUCGAUCACUGUCUUUAACUAUAAUCCAACUCUGAGAGCAAUCCAAACGAUUUCAACAUUACCGCAGAAUUUUACAUCGAUAAAUUAUGCUGCUGAACUUCUUGUUCAUCCUGUAUCGAAUAAAUUUCUUUAUGCAUCAAAUCGUGGUCAUGACUCCAUAGUUGUUUUUGCAAUUGAUAAUGCUGCUGGAUACUUAACUACUAUUCAACAUGUACAUGUACAAGGACAAACGCCUCGAAAUUUUAACAUCCUUCCAGAUGGAACGCAUCUGAUUGUAGCAAAUCAGGAUUCAAAUAAUCUGGUUGUAUUUUCGAUCGAUAUGAAUACAGGCACGUUGACAGCCACGAAUUCGUCUGCUCAAGUGAGCAAACCGACUUCUGUCACAUUCUUAGUGCCGUAA